AUGACGGUUAAGCCGAAGAUAAACGGCCAAGCUUCUAAGAAAGUGGCCUGUAUUGAGUGUCGGAGUCGCAAGCUGAAAUGCGACAUGAAACAGCCGGCGUGCGACCGAUGUGUUUCCAAAGGUCUUGAGUGCAAAUAUAUCACCCCUAGAAAGACGGGCCCGAAAAUACGGGUCAAAAACCGACUAUUACUGAACCAGUUGGAGGAUAACACGCUGUUGUUUCCUGACGAGCACAUAAAUACCGAGAAACAGUCCCGACACUACUACAUGGAUGACGAGCUGGCUGCUUUGUUGCGGUUCGAGGAGUUUGGCUUUGAUAUUCAAGCUGUUAACCAGAUGCACGAUUAUUACUACAACGGUGAGGCACGGUCCUUUCAUUUCUCGCGCAGACGGUACGAACACAAGCUGCGAACAGACCCAAUUUCGAUUUUGCCGCUGAUCUAUCUGAUUUGGGCCAAUGCUACUGUCAACAAGAUCGAGCUCCGUAAACAGGCAGAAGGAUUGUACCGUAUUGGGUGCCAGUUAUUGGAGAAAUAUCACGAGGCUGACAAACACUCUGACAGUCUGAUCAAGAAAAUGUACCAGUUGCAGGCGAUGGUGGCCAAAUCGGCCGCAGAGCUGCGUUUGAACCACGACCGGCGAUCGACUUUAAGCAUCUGUGCAGGUGUCAGAUUGGCACAGCUGUAUGGGUUCGACAGAAUCGACCCGUCACCUUCAAACAGCACACACUCGUCGUUCUUUACAAGGACAGAGAACUGGCAAAAGUCGUUCCCGCUGAGAUGCCCUGACGGCCGAUGCCCUGAAACAGGCGAAUUCCCAAUACUCGAGUCGUCUUUUAGUUUUGGCUCUUUUAGGGCCAACGAUUGGGAAACCGACGAGUUUGAUGAAGUCGAUGUAACUGUAUCCGUUCAGGAAGAAGCUCGCAGAACGUUCUGGGCAGUUUAUACGGUGGACAAGUGGUUUGCUGUGGUGACGGGUCUUUCUUCCUCGUUUAUGAUCGAUUUGAACUUUGUGGUUUUCACAAGACUUCCUUCGCCAACAACGUUUCUAUCGCCCACGGGAGAGAUCCAGUGCAACAACCAGUGCUACUAUUUGCACGAGGCGAUGGAAAAACUGCAAAACGACCAGGUUUUGGUGGACUUCGAAAACAGUCUUUCGUCGCACGUUCUGAUGGUGACUGUUUUGGAAAACGUGACUAAAUGGAGCCGGAUGUUUCUAAACGUUGUUGACCUGAGUUCUUUGAAAGCACCACAGAGUCUGCACAGUCUUCAGGCCAAAGUCGAGGACGUGGAGAAGAACUUUGACAGUCUGCUUGGAAACUUGACGUUCUACGAUUUGAACCCGUCUUCUCUGUUGCAGUCGAUUCUGAACCACGCGUACGUUUUCUUUUCGCAGGCUAUUUUCGUCAAGAUGUCUGAUUUCUUCGCCAAAGAGAUCAAGCAAAACGGAAAACCGUCCAGCAAGUACAUCUACUCGCCUGAACAUACCGCCUUCUACAAGAAAAUAUUAAACUCCCUGACAAAGAUCAACAUCGAGACCAUCAACAAGUUCCUGACUGACGAGGAGUUCGAGGCUGGAAUGGAAAUGACCGGGUCUCUCGUGAUCUUCAUCAACAACGCUAAGUCGUUAUUCCACAUCCUGACGGUGUUGAUGGAGUUUGGCGACAAUUUGGGCGACGAGGUGCCAAGUGUCGAGGAAAUCCUCAGGAAUUUGCACCUCCUUCGACUCAAAGUGGACAGCCGCGUUACUGACCACGCAGGAUUGGCCAAAUUGCACACGCUUCUACACGAAUGGUUCGGGUUCCUCAACAACUGUCCGCAAAAGAUCAACUUUUUCUCUCAUCUAUAA